UAUACCACGACAAGCUAUAUUGUAGUUCGCCCAAACCAUGCGAAACCCACGAAAUGGCUUACAUAGCGCCUAUCCACCGGCCUAACAGUGUCCGACAUGCGCUGCGUGUUAACCUGUUUCCUGGAGAGGACGAAUGCCUCAUUCUUGCCAAAACCAACCGUUUGGAGAUAUGGAAGCUCGAGGAAUCUGGUACACUGGUACAUACCGACACAAAGGCUAUUAACGGGACCAUUUCUAUCCUACAGAAGCUCCGACCUAGAGAUGCCGAGACCGAGAUAGUCUUCGUAGGAACCGACAGAUUCCACUACUUCACAUUCGGAUGGAAUUCCGUAGACGGAAAGUUAGAGACCAUCGAUUCAUUUUUUGAUAUUCACGAAAAACAUUUGCGAGAUGCCCAAAGCCAGGAUAUGUGUGCUGUCGACCCGACAGGACGAUUCAUGGCUGUCCUUCUUUGGGAAGGAGUCAUCAAUGUCCUCCGCAUGCACACAGUCAAGAGCAAGAGACAGAAUUUGCAUUGGAUGGAUCAAAUACGGGUAUCUGAGCUUUUUAUAAAAUGUGUAACUUUCCUACACGUCGAAACCGGCCACCCGAAGAUUGCAUUCCUAUACCAGUCCCGAACCGAUAUACCAGACUCCCAACUCGUCACCUACCGUUUGACGUCAGAUGAUAAGAAUACGGAAGUUUCGCGAUUUGAAGUUCGCGAUCAGGUUGAUCGCAUGGAGACCCCUGAUCCCGGCGCUUCCAUAUUGAUACCAGUUCGUAGGGGUGAAGGAGACCAAAAACGGUACAUCAUAAGAAACGCAUCUACCGCGCGGGCCCAACUUGGCGGCGUAAUUAUUGUUGGCGAGACUCGCUUGCUUUACUAUGACGAUGCUGCCAAGAAGAAAGUUGAGGCAGUCCUACCAGAAUCCUCCAUAUUCGUCGCCUGGGCCGAAUACGACGUCUCGCGUUACUUUCUUGGGGAUGAUUACGGAGUCUUAUGGUUACUAGAAAUCCUCCUGGACGGAGCUGUGGUAACUGACUUGCAGAUGACUAAGAUCGGUAUAACUCCAAGGGCCAAUAGUCUCGUUUACAUGGGAAACAACAUUCUGUUUGUCGGAUCUCACUAUGGCGACUCGCAAGUCUUCCGUGUUAACCUCGGUGAUUCGAACUCACUAGAGACGAUACAAACCCUGAAUAACAUUGCUCCUAUAUUAGACCUCAACAUUAUGGAUAUGGGAAAUCGCGAAGGAGAAGGACAGACUACUAAUGAAUACUCUUCCGGCCAAGCGAGGAUUGUCACUGGGAGUGGCGUUUACAAGGAUGGAAGCCUGCGGAGUGUGCGGAGUGGCGUUGGAUUAGACGACGUCGGAGUUCUCGCUGACAUGGAGAACGUCCGAGCAUUAUUCUCUCUCCAGUCGGACGGAACCUCUAAGAUCGACACAUUGGUGGUCUCAUUCUUAACCGAAACUCGCGUAUUCACAUUUAGUCCCACAGGUGAAGUUGAAGAAAUCGAAGAGUUUAAGGGCAUGGUGUUUAGCGAACAGACUCUAUUAGCCCAGAACCUACCCAAUGGCCGGCUUCUUCAGAUUACAACAACCAGCGCUUUACUCGUUGACAUAGACAGCGGUGUCGUCGCAUCGAUAUGGAGACCAGCCGAGGGACAAAUUACCAAUGUUUCGGCAAAUAACGAAUGGGUCCUCCUAUCCGUUGAUGGAAGAAUAAUCAUAUCACUACAAAUACAACAGGACCUUGUUCGUGUAGUAGAUAAUGAUCUCGAAGAGAAAGAUCAAGUUGCCUGCAUUCACUUGCCCCCCGAAUUCCCGAGCAUUGGCGUGGUUGGCUUUUGGAAAUCAGGCACAAUCUCUAUCAUCGAUCUCAACACACUGCAAUCUAUUCAUGGAGAGAACCUACGACGAAAGGACAAUAACGCUUCUAUACCCAGAGAUAUCGCUCUCGCACAAGUCCUGCCUACGCAUUUAGCUGGCCCGACAUUGUUUGUAGCUAUGGAAGAUGGCUAUGUUAUCACAUUUAGUGUCUCCAAAUCUGAUUUUUCUCUGUCUGGCCGAAAGAGUGUCGUCCUAGGGACACGGCAAGCCAGACUACAGCUGCUUCCUCGGGAAGCCGGAAUUUAUAACGUGUUCGCAACUAGUGAACAUCCUAGCUUGAUAUACGGAGCAGAAGGUAGAAUAGUCUACUCCGCAGUCACAGCUGAUGAUGCGACCUGCGUUUGUUUGUUCGAUUCCGAAGCCUUCCCAGGCUCUAUUGUUGUCGCAACAGAGAAAGAAAUCAAGAUCUCCACAAUCGACACAGAGCGCCGUACACAUGUACAAACUUUACCCACAGGAGAAACUAUCCGUCGCAUAGCCUAUUCUCGUAACGAACGGGCCUUUGGAUUAGGUUGCUUCCAUAGAGAAGUGAGGGACAAUGAAGAGAUUCUCACUAACUCCUUUAAGCUAGUCGAUGAGGUCGUAUUCAAGCAGCUCGGGAGCUUUGCUCUAGACAGCUCACCUAGAGUAGAAAUGGUGGAAGCCGUGAUCCGAGCCGAGCUUCCAGAUUCUUAUGGAGAGUUGGUUGAGAGGUUCCUGGUUGGCACCUCCUAUCUAACUUACGCCGACGGUUCUGCACCGGAUGAUGCUAUUCGAGGCCGGAUAUUAGUUCUCGGAGUCGACGGCGAGAGGAGUCCAUAUCUCAUCACUAGCCGGAGGUUAAAAGGCGCUUGUAGGUGUCUUAACGUCCUAGGCGACAAGAUUGUUGCGGCCUUGACUAAAACAGUGGUCAUGUAUUCAUACAUCGAAACGACUUCAACGACUGCAGAGAUGAAAAAGAUUGCAUCUUAUCGUCCGGCUACAUACCCUGUGGAUCUAUCAAUCAAGGAUAACAUCAUCGCUGUCGCCGAUGUAAUGAAAUCCAUGACUUUGAUUGAGUAUGUCCCGCCUACAGAUGGCCAAGGCGCAAAGCUUGUCGAAGUAGCAAGGCAUUAUCAAUCCGUCUGGUCCACUGCUGUAUGUCACAUAGAUCAAGAGUCGUGGCUAGAAUCGGAUACGCAAGGUAAUUUAUUAGUCUUGAGACAAAAUCUAGCUGGUGUCACAUUAGAGGACAAGCGUCGGAUGGAGGUAACCAGUGAGAUAAACUUGGGCGAGAUGGUAAAUAAGAUACGAAAGGUCACCGUUGACGCAAGCGAAAGUGCUAUCAUCACACCACAUGCAUUUCUCGGCACGGUCGAAGGUGGCGUGUAUCUAUUCGGUGUCAUUGCACCCAAUUACCAGGACCUCCUCAUUCGCUUCCAAACCAAACUCGCUGAGUUUGUGGAGACUACCGGUAACAUACUCUUCUCAAGAUAUCGUUCUUUUAGGAACGAGGAACGUGAAUCGGAAGGGCCAUUCCGGUUCAUUGAUGGUGAAUUUCUUGAACGAUUCUUAGAUAUCGAUGAGAAGACUCAAGUAGAGAUUUGCGCAGGGUUGGGUCCGGAUGUUGAAGCUAUACGGAACUUGGUGGAGGAGUUAAAACGGAUGCACUAGAUUACGGGUUGGUGUAUUUGGGCUCUCAUAGGGGCAUGAUGGAAUGAUUAUGAACGAGGCGUUAGGCUAGCAUCUAUGGCAUAAGCAAAACUUUGAAACCGAAAACAUAUUGAAAAUAAUUACUGGCGUAUUGACCAUGGUCAAUUGAAG